GUUCAUGUGCCCUGUUUGGAGGCCAUCGCUAUUGAAAUGAACACACUGAAUUUAGGGGUUGCGGCGUGGCGUGCAGCGGUGUUCCGUCGCGGAUUCUGUCGGCCUUGGCAGUGCAAUGAGCCCAUGGGGCCCAUGCUCUGGUGCUCCUAGUAGCGUUCUUGUUACUAGUAGUAAGGCCAGGAGCCCCUAGUAGCGUCCUUGCUCCUAGUAGCGAUGCCAGGAGCCCCUAGUAGCUUCUUGCUCCUAGUAUUUGUGGUGAUGACAUGCGUCACACUGCUGAGAAUGUUGAUGCCGAGCAGAACUCAGUUAUACGCUCAGUGGCAUGUCUGGGCAUCUCUGGCUACCGGAAAUGUGUCUCAACUGGAGCUUUUGAAGGAAAGAGUUCGCGGAAAUUUGUUCGCACCUUUCAAUCAGCCACUCACAGUCACCAAGUAUGUGAUCCUGACUACGCCACAAAGUGGUUCGACGAUGCUGUGUGAUGUCAUUGGCCGUCAAAACGAUGUGUUUUGCGCCGGUGAGGCAUUGACACAGCACUCCGCCUCAAAGCAAGUGCUACAGGCGGAAGAAUGGGCUGCAGCGGCGGACAAGGCCUUUGACACAGUUUGCACGCAAGCGAAGAGCUUGGGCAAGCCUAUUUGUGGUUUCAAGCUGAUGUACAAUCAGAUCAAGGGGCCAUCUGCCAAGAUUGGGAGGACAUCGAUGCCCCUUGAUUGGUUUCAAGACUACUUAGUCACUCGUGACAUCCGCGUGUUGCAUCUCGUGCGGGAAGCUGCGAUCUUGCAGCUCGCAUCCAUUUACCAGACUCGUCAUGACAGCAGCUUGGACCUGACUGAGCCGGAACCAGAGCGGCAAGCCCCAGUGAAGGGCAAGGCCAAGCGUAUGCCCUUCACAGCCAAGACUUUGCAAACCUUGCGUGAUUUGGAGGAGCAGCAUGAACAGUGGUGGUCCUUUUUGCGUCAUUCGAACAUCUUCCAUCACUAUGUGAGCUAUGAAAACCUCAUGGGUGAGAAAGCAACCACUAUGUUGCGGAUGUCUUUGGAGUUUCUCGGUGUGACCUACCUCCCUACUGAUCCACAGCUUCUUUGGAACUCUUCUUUUCUGAAGCUACACAAGGCGACUUGCAAAGAGCGCAUCGCUGAUGUCUCACGCAUGAGGAAGCAGAUCAAGGGGACCAUGUCCGAAAGGGCAUGUAAUCGGCUGAAGCAAGGGGAUGCACGGGUGAAAGCACGUGUGCAACCAGAAUCCGCGUCUCAUUCAGCCAAGUAUCUGGUCCUGACCACACAGCGAAGUGGUUCGACUUGGCUGUGCGAUGUACUAGGCCGGCAGAGUGAAGUCCUAUGCGGCCAUGAACCCUUGUCUUGGUAUAGCGGUAUGAGGGAAGAAGUCUCGGUAAAGAAGUGGAAGGCGGACGCGGACAAGGCCUUUGACACAGUUUGCACGCAAGCGAAGAGCUUGGGCAAGCCUAUUUGUGGUUUCAAGCUGAUGUACAAUCAGAUCAAGGGGCCAUCUGCCAAGAUUGGGAGGACAUCGAUGCCCCUUGAUUGGUUUCAAGACUACUUAGUCACUCGUGACAUCCGCGUGUUGCAUCUCGUGCGGGAAGCCGUGGUUUUGACCUUGGCAUCUCAUUACCAGAGUUCUAAGGAAAUCAGCCGCUUGAACUUGACUGGCCGCAGCAAAUACCAUGCAUUUGACUCCAAAGUUGCAACAAAACGAAUGGCAUCUCCCAAGAUGCCGUUCACGGCCUCUUGGCUGGAGAAGUUGCACAUCCAAGAGGAGCAGCAUGAACAGUGGUGGUCCUUUUUGCGUCAUUCGAACAUUCUCCAUCACUAUGUGAGCUAUGAAAACCUCAUGGGUGAGAAAGCAACCACUACGUUGCGGAUGUCUUUGGAGUUUCUCGGUGUGACCUACCUCCCUACUGAUCCACAGCUUCUUUGGAACUCUUCUUUUCUGAAGCUACACAAGGCGACUUGCGAAGAGCGCAUCGCCGACUUCUCAGAAGUCCUCAAGCAGAUCAAAGGAACCAUGUCCGAAAGGGCAUGUAAUCGGCUGAAUCUGGAGCAACCAUGAGCAGCUAAAAGGCUUUUUGCAAGUGCCUCGCUAGUAGUAACAAGUGCC